AUGAGUGCCCCUGGGUCUGUGGUGCUGGACUACACCCUUCACGAUCUAUACAAUGCCGACGAUCAAGACUACGAUAUCUGCAUGGUCAAUGCUUACGCACCGCCACCCAGUAUCCCACUGGCAGCCCAUAUACCGGCUAUCAAACAGUUUCCUGUUCAGGCACCACUAUGUCCAGCAUACGAUCAGGAUGAGCUCACCCGGACGAUCCUCCAUCUCGUAGCACAGAGGUUCGCAUUCUGUGCCGGCCCAAUGCGGAUUCUCGUCUUGGAGUCAGAAAGUCAAAAAAGCCAAUGUUCAUCCCAUGGACGCUCUCAAGCAGACAUCUCCAAGGUGUUCAGUCAGCUUCAGGAGAAACAACGGCCGCUUCCAUUAUUUGUACCCAUCAGUGACUUGUCCAAGUUCCGCCUUGAUGCAAAGACAAAGCUGGCCGUCACUGGCCCAUUGGACUGGUUUUCUCAUAUCCCACAAGUUAUUGACCCCCGGAUCCAUUACAAUCUGCUCUCCAAGCGUGGACUCGCCAAGUCUGGUCUUCCUACGCCUAGGACGAUCGUCAUAGACACUGUCCUCUCCCCCUCCCCGACGGAGCCCUUCACCGACAAGGACCUGCAGCCGGAGAUCGCCCGUAUGACCAAGCCAAUCCUCGAAACUCCCAUUCCUUUCAUCGUGAAAGUCCCUCGCAUCACCGGUGUCGGUCAGGGCACCUUUAUAGUCCACACCGAGGCUGAUCGAUCAUCCGUGUACGAGGUCUUCCUCGAGGAGGUCAAAUUAAUGCUGCUCGCGUUGAAUCCCGCAAACGAAUGUCUUGCAACCUGUAACGUGAUCAUCCAGGAGAUGGUCCCCGGCGAGACCGCCAGUCUGAACUUCUUUGUCACGCAGACCGGCCGCGCAAUCUUCAACUGCUGUAAUCACCAGGAUGUGGAUGAUGCAUACAUCUGGUCAGGCGGGUUGGUCUCCUACAACGAACAAGCCGUGUUGGAAAGCCAAUACCGCGAGACAAUGGAUGCGGUGGCGCAUUUUCUCCACAAACACGGAUACUAUGGUCCCGCAGGCGUGGACAUCAUGACGGAUGAGACGGGGGUGCAAUUCGUCGUGGACCUCAAUGUUCGCAUCACCGCAACGUAUCACCUGGGUCCACUGCGAGGACAUUUUACGCGCCGCGGGUUUUCCGAGGCAGCGGCAAUGUCGACAUUUCGUUUGACGUGUACGCAGGCUGAGUUCGAGAGCCACUUUGCCGAGGAAUUGUGCAGUGGCUCUCUCGUACUCACAGCUUGGGUGCAUCUUCAGGAAGCCAGUUUGGUCACGAUGACUGUAGCAGCCAGGGACAGGACAGGGCUUCAGGAAAUAGUGCAGAAGGUCUCUGAGUUUGCGGAUAAUUUUGCCUCGACAGAUCACUCCUAUACCUCAUAG